AUGCGAACUGGUUUAAUAUUGAUAUCAGCAAUAUUUCUGCUUGAGAUUUCUAACGCUUUUGAUUUCUCAUCCAGAAAAUAAUCACAACCUCUUAGAUUUUUAGAUUCUAAUGACUUGAAGAAUAGCAGUCAAUCAAAUUAAGAAAUUUUCUUAAACAAGGAAUCAGUUUCAACAAUCAGUAUUACAGUGAAUGAGAACUAAUCAUAGAAUUCGACAGUGGGAACCCAGAAUACUUCAGAUACAACCAACUCGUCUUAUAAUGGCAAUAAUAGCUAGAAUGAAAAUGGUUAAACAACUGUUUAACUUAAGCUUAGCAAGAAAUAGUUUUACGAAAAGUUUCUGAAAGACUACGGAUUCACUGAAUUUGUCAGUAAAAAGAGUAAGUAAAGAGAGCAGAUUAUCGAAGAACAAAAAAAGUAAAAUUAAUCUAACUAAAAUGGUACUUAAAAUAAUGGAGGCAGUAAUGUCACUGCUAAUACAACUAACAGCACAUCUAAUUCAAGUACUGCUGAAAAUACAACAGCAACCAAUACAACUAACUCAAGUACUUCAAUAGUUAACUCUACCAAUAGCACUAACUAAUCUGAUUCUCAAACCAAUAGCACUUCCAAUCAAAAUGGAACAACUCAAAAUAAUGAUACUUAGUCAUCAAGUAAUAUCAAUUAAACGACGGCUAAUAGUACCACUAACUCAACUAGCAAUGUGACGAAUGAUAGCUUGAACUCUACAAAUUCGAGCUCAGGUAAUUAAUCUGAUAUCCUUAAUGGAACAUCAGGGAAUAGCAGUCAAUCAAACAAUUCUAAUAGUAAUAACAACUAGACAGGCACUAAUAAUACUUAGAAUGACAGCAUGCUCAAUGGAACUAAUUAAACUACAGUUAACCAAACCACAGGAAAUGCAACAAAUGGUACGAAUUCUACUGGGAACCAAACAUUUGACAACUCAACUUCAAACAUGACCACUAAUGGGACAUCUAAUAGCACAAAUUCAAGCAUAUCUUAGGAUAAUUCAACUAGUAAUCAAACCAAUUUAGAUAAUAACUAGACCUCUAAUAUUACUAAUCAAAAUUAAACAAAUGGGACAAGCAAUAGUACUAAUAUAACACUUGAUGGUAGUAAUCAGACUCAAAGUAACAAUACUAUAGGCUUAAAUAUAACAAAUUCAGCAAAUAGCUCUAACAGUUACGAAAAUUAGACUAAUAGCACAGGUUACAGUAAUUAAACAACUAAUACUACAGGCAAUGAAACUGCCUUGAAUUCAUCAGGGUAAGGGAAUAAUACCUAAGUUAAUUCAACUAAUUUGACAGAGGGAAAUAAUAUUACACACAAUAAUUAGACAAAAAACGAGACAUCAUAAAAUGUAACUGCAAACGUUACUGAGAGCCAAAACCACACAAAUCAGACCUAGAAUAAUAAUUCAUCAAAUGUAACUGCUAAUUCAACACAAGAUUCAGGUAAUCAAACAAAUAGUACUAGUCAGUUAAACAAUACAUCUAAUAGUACUAGCAGUCAAAACAACUCUGGAAAUCUUACUUAGAUGGAUAACUCUACUAUUAACCCUAAUCAUACAAAAGAUGGCAAUUUGUCAACUCAAAAUCAGACAAAACCAGAAAAUGUAACUGGUGGGACAAAUAACACAAUGGGAAUGAAUAAUACUAACUAAAAUCCUUCACAAAAUUAGACUAACAACAGCAUUAGCAAUACCACUAAUAAUAAUACUGAUGUGAUCAAUCCAUCCACAAAUCAUACAAAUUCUACUUAGAAUUAAAACUAAGGAAGCAGCAAUCAAUCUAAUUCCUCUUCAGGAGCUCAGAAUCAAACUUAAUCAGUCUAAAAUUUGUCAUAAUAAGUUAAUAGCACUCAAACAAAUAAUACUAGUUAGAACAGUACCACCUAAACAGGUUAAAAUUCCACAUAAGCAAAUAAUCUGACAGAAGGAGGAAAUAAUAAUAAUAAUUAGAGUAGUUCAAAUGAAAAUAGAACCUCAAAUAAUUAAACAAAUAAUCAAAACAAUCAAUCGUAAACUUAGGAGAAUUCUUCUCAUUCUAAUUCUAAUAAUUAAACUGCCAACCCCUAGAAUACUUCUGCUUUAAAUGAAACUUCUGUGAAUAAUCAAACUUAAAUAUCUGAAACUUCUACAUAAUAAACAGUUUCUCCUAACAUUACUAUUGUUGAUAAUACUACUUCAACCACUCCUUCACCAACACCCUCAAAUGAAAUAACCAAUCAAACCAACCUUACAACAACUAUACCCCCCACUUAAACUAAUAAUAUCAGUCAAGUGACAACAUUGCCAACUCCUCAACCUACUGAAUCUAACCAAACAAAUCAAACAUAGACUACAGUAUCAACAACUGCUGCUCCAGUGACAUCAAAUUAGAAUAUCACCAAUAAUAUUACAGAAUCUACAGCAGCACCAGAAUUGACCUAAUAAAUCAAUACUACAUCUACCACACUAGCUCCUACUACUAUGAUUGAGGCAAAUACCACAACUCCUUAACCUAGUGCUGAAACAACAUAGAUUAUAUAAUCUAAUACGACUAUCGACUCUACAACCACUCAUUUACCAACAAAUCAAUCUGUUUCUACAACUACAGAAGUAUCAACUACAACCAUUUAAACACCUGAACCAACUUUAACUCAUAAUGAAACAACUUCAACUACUAUUUCUACAACAAUUGUGACAACAAGUACAUCAACCCCAUCUCCAGAUAGUACAGAAAUAGAAGACAGAAUAAACGAUACUUCAAGUACAACUACUACACCUUAACCUACUGAUACAGAUGAUCAAUCUGCCUAAACUACAGCGACUACUUAUGAGACAUCUACUACAACUGAAACAACAGCAUCAUAAUCAACGAUUGAGUCUACAACUUCCUAAACUAAAUAAGAGGAUUCAACGACUAUGGUUUCGAGUACGACUGAAGUGCCAACGAUAACCUCCACAUCUACAACCACUGAAGCUCCUAUUACAACAACAUCCACUACGAUCACGACAACUACCACUACAAUAGCUACAACUACUACGACAAUUGAACCAUCAACAACAACUGAAACUACUACUACUACAACAACAACUGAGGCAACAACAACAACUGCAACAACUGAGCCAACAACAACUGCAACAACAACAACAACUGAGCCAACAACAACUGAGGCAUCAACAACAACUGCAACUACUACUACAACAACUUAGCCUACUACAACAACUUCUACAUCGAAGACCACUACUGAAGCUCCUUAAACUACAGAAACUACCACAACAACUGAGUCUACUACCAGAUCUUCAACUACCACAACAACUACCCCUGAACCUACUACUACUAGCUCAACCACCACAUCAACUACUACUACUUCUGCAUCUACAACUUCAACUCCAAAAGAUUCUGGUAAAAAUGAUAAUAAUGGCAAAGUUAAUGAUCUUCUAAGAAGAUUGCAAGAAAAUUCUUUCAACUAUACAUCGUAUGUAAACCAAUCAAGCAACAGUAACUAGAACUAAGAUAAUUCAAAUAAUCAAACCUCAUCUAAUACCAAUUCUAGCAGUUCAAAUGAACUUUAGAGUCUUAUAUAAGAGCUACAGACCUUUUUUAUCAAAUUAAAUGAUGCCUUCAAUGCCUAUUUUGGAGAGUAUCUUUUCAAAAACGUUAACUUGAAUGAUGGACAAUAAGUAUACAACUUAUUCCUGUAAGCUGGUCUAGAUGAUAUUGAAUCAAUAUCAGCAACUGAUUCAAGUUCUCCAUCGAAUACUUCUAGCAAUGUUCAACAAUCAAAUGAUAGUGGAAUCAGUAAAUAACUACUUUUAUUCUUAGCAAUUGGAAUCCCACUUACAUCUAUUUUCAUUGGGGUAAUAGUAUACUUCCUUAUUACAAAGAAAAUAAUGGUAAGACAGAUUCAAUAAGAUGGGUCUACCAAAUGGGUUAGAAGAUAUUGCAAGAAAUACCAGAAAUUCGAAAAGGUAUAUACGACCUAAGCAAACGAAAAGACAACGAAAACUUAAGAUGAUAUGACAGUAUAGGAUUAUGAUUCAGUCAGAAUAAUGAUUACUCCAGAAUAGACCAUUAAUCUGAAUUGCUAUAACUCAAUGGAUGUCACACUGUAAAGCACAGAUCAUGCAAUGAAAGGAAGUGCAAUCCUUACUUACCCAAAAUUAGUUUUCGCUAAGCAUGAACCAGUCAUUGAAACCAAAAUAAUUGAAAAUAUUGUUGACAUGAGGUCCGAAUCUUCAUAAAAGUUCAAUGAAAAAUUGUACCAAGAUGAUGUAAAUUGUUGA